AAUUUCAAAUCCGUUUGAGGCGUCUUAAUAAACGCUCUUCGAAUAUCUUCUUCCACUGAAUCCCUAGAUCUCCGAUCUUACUCUGCUCGUUUUCCAGUUUUUUGGAAAGGAAACGAAGAUGAGAGAGUGCAUUUCAGUUCACAUCGGUCAGGCCGGUAUUCAGGUUGGCAAUGCCUGUUGGGAACUCUACUGUUUGGAACACGGCAUUCAGCCUGAUGGCCAGAUGCCAAGUGACAAGACUGUUGGGGGAGGUGAUGACGCCUUCAACACUUUCUUCAGCGAAACAGGUGCUGGGAAACAUGUUCCCCGUGCUAUUUUUGUAGAUCUUGAGCCCACUGUCAUUGAUGAGGUGAGGACCGGAACAUACCGCCAACUAUUUCACCCUGAGCAGCUCAUCAGCGGGAAAGAAGAUGCCGCUAACAACUUUGCACGUGGCCACUAUACCAUUGGAAAAGAGAUUGUCGACUUGUGCCUGGAUCGCAUCCGAAAACUUGCUGACAACUGCACUGGUCUCCAGGGUUUCUUAGUGUUCAAUGCUGUCGGUGGAGGAACCGGUUCUGGUCUUGGCUCUCUUCUGCUGGAGCGUUUGUCUGUGGACUAUGGGAAAAAGUCCAAGCUGGGAUUUACCGUGUAUCCUUCACCCCAGGUUUCAACCUCUGUCGUGGAGCCGUACAACAGUGUGCUAUCCACCCACUCUCUCUUGGAACAUACCGAUGUCUCUGUGCUGCUCGACAAUGAGGCCAUCUAUGAUAUCUGUAGGCGCUCUCUUGAUAUUGAACGCCCAACUUACACCAAUCUUAACCGUUUGGUUUCUCAGGUCAUUUCUUCGUUGACCACCUCUUUAAGGUUUGAUGGAGCUUUGAAUGUGGAUGUUACCGAGUUUCAGACAAAUCUUGUACCUUACCCAAGGAUCCACUUCAUGCUUUCAUCUUAUGCACCUGUUAUCUCUGCUGAGAAAGCAUACCAUGAGCAACUGUCAGUUGCAGAGAUCACCAACACUGCAUUUGAGCCAUCGUCUAUGAUGGCCAAGUGUGAUCCUCGCCAUGGUAAGUACAUGGCUUGCUGCCUCAUGUACAGGGGUGAUGUUGCACCAAAGGAUGUGAAUGCAGCUGUAGGAACCAUCAAGACAAAACGCACCAUUCAGUUUGUUGACUGGUGUCCAACGGGUUUCAAAUGUGGUAUCAAUUACCAGUCGCCAACUGUGGUUCCUGGUGGGGAUCUUGCAAAGGUGCAGAGGGCGGUGUGCAUGAUAUCUAACUCGACAAGUGUUGCAGAGGUGUUCUCAAGGAUCGACCAUAAGUUUGAUCUUAUGUAUGCAAAGAGGGCGUUUGUCCACUGGUAUGUGGGUGAGGGGAUGGAGGAAGGUGAAUUCUCUGAAGCUCGUGAGGAUUUGGCUGCAUUGGAGAAGGAUUAUGAAGAGGUUGGGCUUGAGUCGGGCGAGGGUGAAGACGAUGAGGAAGAGGAAUACUGAUCCCUUAUAUCCUUUGUUUCAGGAUUAUCUUUUUAGAUUUGAUUGAAUGUUAUAUCAUGAAAUGACUGCUCCUAAUGAAUUUUCUUGAUGUUGUUGCUGUUCUAUGUAAUCCCUAACGUUUUCCAACCUCAAAAACCCUAGUUUUAGCAAUGCUUGGUUUCUCUCUUGCUGAAUUACUACUUGCUUACAUUCACGA